AUGUUAACAAAUACUGACUCACUGGUAUCUCGUGUUUAUCGGGCUAGAUAUUACCCCAGGCAUACCUUUUAUGAAGCAGAGUUGGGGAACAAUCCCAGUUUCUAUUGGCGUAGUAUUAUGGCAGCAAAGGAACUGGUCUGUGGGGGAGUAAGGCGGUGUUUUGGGACUAGAAAUUCAACGCUAAUUUGGGAACACCCAUUGCUACAGGAUGAUUUAGAUCCUAUGAUCCACACUAAAAUGCCACCCCAAUUAGCAGGAGCCAAAGUGAGUGGAUUAAUUGAUCCAGGGACUGGAAAUUGGGAUCACCACAUCCUCUCAGAUAUUUUCCAACCAAGUGAUAUACCCCGAAUUUUAAAAAUACCAGUAUUCCCGGAAUAUGAUGAUAGUUGGUACUGGCAUGGGGAUCUUAAGGGCACCUACUCAGUUAAGGAUGGCUACAAGCAUGUUGUAAGAAAUUAUACGAGUAGUAAUGAUGGAGGGUUUGAUAAAUGGCUUACUUUAUGGAGAUUAAAAAUCCCCCCAAAAUGGAAGACAUUUCUAUGGAGAGCCCUAAGUGAUAUCCUCCCAACCAUGAAUAAUUUGCUUAUAAAGAGGGUGGAUGUGGAUCCUAUUUGUGCCAUGUGUGGAAUUGUACAAGAGGACACAUUGCAUGCCUUAGUAUCGUGUGGUUAUGCUAGCACCAUAUGGACACUAUCUGACCUUCCACUCCCUAAUAUUGUGAAAAAUAUUUUUCAUGAGUGGUUUAGUGCAAUCUUGAAUGUUCUAGACACUAAUGGGAUUAUAUAUGCAGCUGCAAUACUUUAUCAUAUAUGGAGAGCACGGAAUGCAGCGAUUUGGGAUGUCUGCCUACCCUUACCCAGGAAAAUAGUUGCCAGUGCGAAAGAUACCAUGCACGCAUGGAAUGUUGUACAUCACGUCAUGGCUACCGAUGGUAGAGCUGCUGCCGCCCCCACGCCCGGACUGCCGUCCACGCCACUGCCACCCGGAGAAUUUUCCGUGCCAGAGGCUGCCUACGUCGUAGCCUCACGGAGAUGCUAUAUGGAUGCCGCCUACCAACAUGCUACGAACGCGGCCUCGGUAGGAGCGGUUCUGCUAGAACCCGAUGGAAGGUUCGUUGUGGCAUACAAUGCCCCCUUGCCGGAUUAUUUUUCCCCACUUAUGACUGAGGCCUUUGCGUGCAAGGAAGCCCUAUCUUGGUUACGCGCCCGGGGCGAGCACACCGUCCAGAUCUACAUGGAUUGUCAGGUGCUACACUGUUAUCUGUCCUCAAGAGGACCCCCACUCAGAUCAUACAUCGGCUAUGCUAUUGAUGCUUGCAAAAUUUGCAUAUCUACUUUUGAUUUCUGUUCAGUUAAUUUUAUUCCUAGAUCUUAG